AUGGCCACAGAAUCCCCUGUGAACAUCACACCCUCUGGAUGCAGCAGUGCAGUUGGCAGGGCAGCAGACACCUUCACUUGGCAGCCAAACCCCCUCACCAUGCACGUUACAAGGCCCAAGUCUGCCAAGGGGCGAACACGGCCAAGUUUACAUGUGGCCCGGGACACAGAGGGGUGCGCCAACCGCACGCCUGCUUCUCCGCCUGUGGUCACUCCCUGCCCAUCAUCAAGCAGCUGGAAACCAGGGGCCAGCACACCCAGGUCUCCCAGUCAGAGAGCACCUGAUGAAAUCCCCGAGCGGCUGCAGCAGGUGUCCAUCAGGGCUUCCCCGUCGCUCAAUAAAUACCCAGUGCUCCCUUCUAUCAACAGAAAGAACCUGGAAGAGACGGCAGGAGAAACAGGAGCUACAAAGGUCCGCUCACUGCAGCUGAGCAGACUCGUGGGCCACUAUCAGGAGGAGAUCUGCACCAUGAAGACCAGCAAAGAAGAUUCCCGAGCUCAGGCUUGUCUCCUGGAAGAGGAAGGUGUCAUGCAAGCCAAAAGACGGGGAUCCGCUGGGAGUGGCAACUUGGAGGAACCAUCAGACCAAGAACCAAGGCUGCUGCUAGCAGUCAGGUCACCGUCUGGCCAAAGGUUUGUACGCUAUUUCCGGCCAACAGAUAACUUACAAACCGUGGUGGCCGUGGCUGAACAAAAGAACAACACCACCUACCCACGCUGCAGCGUCGAAACAGUGGAGGUGCCCAGGAGAUGUUUUGGGGACCUCACCAAAUCCCUACAAGAGUGCAGAAUCCCCCAUAAGUCAGUGCUGAGCAUCUCCCAGGGAGACAGCACAGGGUGGCCCUGA